CAGUUUAGAGCCCCCUGUAUUGGAGCUGUCACCUGGAGCAAAGGCUCAACUGGAAGAUCUAAUGAUGGUAGGAGAUCUACUAGAGGUGUCACUGGAUGAAACUCAGCACAUCUGGCGCAUUUUACAGGCUACUCACCCACCUUCUGAGGACAGGUUCCUUCAUAUCAUGGAGGAUGACAGCAUGGAUGAAAAGCCACUGAAAAUGAGAGGGAGAGACUCUUCUGAGAGGAAACGGAAACGAAAGCUGGAGAGAGCAGAGCAGUUCUUUGGCGAUAUGAAGCAAAAAUCUAAAGAGCUGAAGAAACUGGAAAAACCCAAGAAGAAGAAGCUAAAACUGACCAUGGAUAAGACAAAGGAACUGAACAAGCUGGCAAAGAAAUUGGCUAAAGAGGAGGAGCGGAAAAAGAAGCGCGAAAAGGCAGUUGUGGCAAAGGUGGAACUCGUGAAGGAGAGCACCGAGAAAAAAAGAGAGAAGAAGGUGCUAGAUAUUCCUUCCAAGUAUGACUGGUCAGGAGCAGAGGAGUCUGAUGAUGAAAACGCUGUGUGUGCUGCGCAGAACUGCCAAAGGCCCUGCAAGGACAAGGUAGACUGGGUACAGUGUGAUGGUGGCUGCGAUGAGUGGUUUCAUCAGGUUUGUGUUGGUGUCUCUCCAGAAAUGGCUGAGAACGAGGAUUACAUCUGUAUAAACUGUGCAAAGAAACCUAUGCAGGGGUCAAGUAGCCCUGCCCAUGCACCACCUCCCCCUUUCUUACUGAGCUACAAACUACCAAUGGAAGACCUUAAGGAGACAAGUUAGCAGCUACUUGAUGUCUGGAACUCAUUGGGAAACGGACCACUGAAAACCCCACAGAAAAGGAGGGUUUGAAGCUAAUGUAGCCACUCAGCUUCACUUCCAAGGAUGUACAGACCUGCAGCAGAGUUGGUCCCUUCCGUACAGCUGGCUUCUGUGGUACAAUGGGAAAGUCAAGGCACAGUGGUACCGACUCACCUAUGCAGACACCGCCUCAUCAGGAGCCACAGCCAAUGUUGUGACUUAUUUCCAUCUGUGAGUGUGGCUGUUGCUCUCAGAGACUGAGCAAACCCGAGGCUUAGAUUAGACACUUGAGGGUGUUCACGUACAUGUUGGCAGUGGAGUUGGCAUGCAAUUGGUGGGUGUAGAUUGGAGCGUUUAGCCCUACGUGGUUACCUGCAGGAGGUGACUUUGAAGGCUGUCUUUUGCCUCCUCCAUGCCAACGCAGCAAGCAGGGCAAUGUCUUGGGAGAAUUAAGUUGCCUCCAUAGCAAGGCAGCUAACACUACAUGAUAAGGAUGGGAGCAAGUGGAUGAAUUUCUUUUAAUUUCUCUUUUAUAGUUAAAGGGCAGAGGAGCUCAUGAUCUCAGAAAUCAGCAAAGGUGCAAAGGUUCUGGUUACAAAAAAAAAAAAAAAAAAAAGCACCCCACCCUACUCCACUAGGCAAAAAUUCUUUCUUAGUGGGGGACAAUUGAUCUUCCUGUCCAGAGGAAGGCAAGAAAAUAUUGAUGAAGAUGUCGAGAGCUUGGGAAAAGCAGAGUGCUUCCCUUUCUCCAAGGGAUGCCCUCUCCUCUUCUGGGCUUUGCUUAGAGUUCUGCACUCCUGCACGUUAAAGUUGUCUCACGCAGGAUGAAGCUGGCAAGGAGGUAGAGCACCCAGGGCACCAGCUUCUCUGAUCUGUACGCAGGGAUGGGAAGGAAAGAAGACAGCCCACUUACCUCAGAGGUUACACUGACAUGUGCUUCUGUGAAAAGUUUCACUCAACUAUUUCCAGUCUCACCAGGCUACAGGCAUGGCCUCAAGCGAUACCAGCAAGCAAUCUGCAGAUACUGUUGGCAGCGCAGAUGCCCUCCCUGCUGGCUUUGCUGGAUGUGUACCAGUGUACAAGCAGCAACAGGUCUGGCUUGAAAAUGCCCCUGGCUUUGCCAGAGGACCAGAGGGCUUGGGGUCAUCCUGGGUGACAGUUGUUUUAGUAAAUCCAUUUUUAAAGGAGGACUUGUUUUUACUUUUUUCUAAAUGUCUCAGACUACUGACUUGUUCUAUAAAUAGAUUAUUUUUCUUUGAUUUUUUUAUACUUACCACUGUUAACCAGCAGCACAGACAGAGGUUCACAAAGCAAAAACCUGCCCGUGGGCUUGGGUUUUUUUACUCCAUUCCUUCCUUGUAGUACAAGGAAUUAGCAGUUACCUUCCCCAUUCUAGCCUGACCAGCUGCCUGUGUUUAAAUAGGUAAAUACAUUUCAUGUGCGACCUUCGUGUUUGGGUUUGUUCCUGUUAGUGGGGCAUCUGGGCCUUAACGACUCCAGUCCACGCUGGCUUUCUGUAUGUGGAGCCGGCCCCUGGGCUGCCUCGUCCCCCUCUCCACUCGCUCCCCGUUGUGUUUCCAUCCUUCUGCAGUUCUAGGAGUGUUGUAAGUAGUGUCCAGGCUUGCUAGGAGCUGGACUGGGAUUUAAAAAAAUAUUGACAAAAACAAAAGUGUUCUGUCUUGACUGUUCUGUGUCCCUUCUCUCGUUCUCUAGUUUUGGGGUUUUUUUAUUUAUCUGGCAGAAUUAUCCAUCAAAAAAAAAAAAAAAAGCUCAGGUAGAUGAAGUUUUAUCAGGAUGUUUUAUUUGUGCCUGCUACCUGGGAAGAGGAAGACGUGGAAAAGAGCUAAGACGGAGGGCAGAAGAUACAGGGUCUUAGAAAUCUUUUAGUAUAAAUUGGGCACAGACCCUUGA